UUUCAGUUAAAGAUUCAUAUUGUAGGCGGCGCCGGCGACCCCAUAGGAGAGGACACACAACGCACAUUGAGGAGGAGCCCCACUGCCUCCAAAACAAGCCAACUUUGGGAGCGAGAGCGGCACAACCUGCUCUCAGACACAAAGAGUGACACGCCCACCAUCUUGGAUUCAGCCAUAGCUUACCCGCUUCACAACGAAUUCUGAAUUUGCUUUACACGACUUGUCAGUUAUUCUACUAUGUCGACAAUGACUAUCAGUUCCACAUCAAUUUUAACAACGGUAUCCACAACAACAUCUAGUACAAUAGUUCCAUCACUCAAUGAUCCAAUGGAAAUUCAAUUUGAAAUCAUGUUUGUUAUGGUUCUAUAUUCUUGCUUAGCAGUUACUGGAGUCGGUGGAAACUGUUGGGUACUUAUAAAAGUAAUCAAACAGUUAUCCGGAUGCUCUUCAAAUAGGAGUAGGCCUUACAAGACAGUGGUUCAAUCAUCAGCCUACGUCUACUUGAUCAUUUUGUCUGUGGUGGACUUGUUUUCACUCAUCCCUGUACCGAUGAUUGUCACAGACGUAUAUGUGAAUCAUUUUCCAUUUGGUCUAUGGGCCUGCAAGCUCAGCUAUUUUUGUGAGGCAAUCAACAAGUCCUUGAGUCCCAUGGUGCUGACUGCACUGUCUGUGGAUAGAUACAUUGCUGUCUGCCAUCCCACGUUGUACUGGUUACGAACAACAAAAUUUUCGUUGGGAGUACUUGCAGUAUGCUUUUCGGUUUCCCUGAUUUUCAUUAUCCCAGUCACAAAAAAGGCCACAAUGCAAGUGAUGAAAGAUAACACAGACGAGGAGAUCAUUAAAUGUGCAUUUGACCAUGGAGACUCUGCAAGCUACGUGUUUGAUACGGCUCAAGCAAUUGUCUGCUAUUUGGUUCCACUCUUCAUCAUCUGCGCAGUUUACCUUGCUAUUCUUCAUAAGCUCUUCAUUCACACGAGAUUCUCAACCGUUGGAAAGAAGACAAGCAUUUCGCUGGGCAGAGUAGUCAAAUGCAGUGUUAUGGUUGUUGCUUUCUACUUUAUUUGCUGGACACCGUACUGGACAAUGAGAAUUCAUUACUUGGUGACAAGAUUUAUCGAGACCAAUAGUGAUGGAAACUCCACGGUUAUUGAUGAGGUUGUUGCUGCAGUUGCAGAAGAGGUGCAGGAUGGAAUUGAAACGUCAUACUUUUUUGGGCUGAUAUCAAAGAAACGGAUGCACAAUAUUGAAAUCGCAUUGAUCUACAUUUUACAUUCUCUCACAUAUGCCCAAUCUGCAUUCAACUGGCUCUUCUAUUCCUUUCUCAACCGCAACCUACGCUCGAACAACGGCCGAGGAAACGGAACACGAUCAGCCGCUAACACAUCCGUAUUUGAUAACGGAAACGCAACAAGCACAGUCAACACUUCUUUGACACCGAUUUGGAAGAAUAUUCAGCAAAUGGGAAGUCAUAUCAAAACUGCUGGACUUGACACUCGUUCUGCUUUGAUGAAGAAGUCGCCGUUUAAGGGAAAAUCCAAAAUUCAGUCUAGAAGUGCCGCCUACCUCGAUUGCUCAUCUGCUCACAUGCUCAGACCGUCAUCUGAAAACACGUUGAGUUCCUCGCUUCUUGACAUUCCAAGAAGGCCAUCAUUAAUUCCAAGACAAGAACCGUCGCUUGUCGGAAAAGCUCUUUCUUUCACAAAUAUUCCGCAGCCGCAAUACCAACGAAUAGAGCCGAAGGAGGAAUCUUCUCACGGAGCAGUUUCAGAAAGCUCGUCUGUCGAAUGGUUGUAGAUAACAAUACUUUGAAUAUGUACCUUUUUUCAACUUGUAUCAUUUUUCUUCUUUUUCUGUGAGUACCCUUUAAAUUACAUAAUCUUUUUUUAAAUAUUCCUAGUCAAUUCAACCCCUUCUCUUUGUGCACGGUGUAAUUUGUAUUUGAUCUAACAAAUCACCUCUGACCAGUGUCCAGAAUCAAAUCAAAUUGUUUGUUAUCAUAUCACAGUAGCUUUUUUGGAUUCGUCUACCGGUCCCCCAUUCCUCUCCCUGUUUCUGUAUUUAUAAUGUGAGCUUGCCAAAACCCCCCUGAACAAAAAACAACAAUCUUUAUUGUUAUUUGAUAGAAAAAAUGGAUCUCGUAUUUUCAUUCCGGCAAUUCCCGAUGAGUGAAAUAAGUAAAUAAAAAGAUAAACAAAUAAAUAUUACGAAAUA